AAUGCACGAGAGAGAGGUGUGGGGAAAGGAAGAGCAGAGCAGCGAGACGUCCAGUUCGAUGAUUCUUCGCAUUGAAAGCAGAGCAGGGCAGACAUGUUCGCCUCUGAGGUGCAGCCAUCGAGCCAGCCAUCGAUCGGACAGCAGGUGUAGUCAGGCGAUCGGGCUGAUAGCGAGGACAGAUUAGGGAAGGCAGGGAGGGAGCGAGGGAGGCAGGAAUUUUGACCAUAGAAAAAUACCUUGGCGCAUGCAGGACGGAAGGAGAACGUGGACUUGAAGAGUAGUGGAUUAGGACGAGGAAUAAGUUGACCCAGGGGACGAACAGGGCAGGCAGAGGAUAUCGUAGAAGUUAAUUUCCAAUCAAUCGAUCUAAUGAGGCUCCGUGUUGGCCGUAUGCGAACUAGGGGCAAAAUUAAGGUGACGAUGUAGAAGGAGCAUGGGGAUUGGGACUGCAGGGGUUUGCCCGUGGAGCCGGGACUUGUUUCUGCGGAGAGAUAGGAGGAUUGAAGAUCUUGCGAACUUCAAUCUGGUGGGAUUUGUUUCGUCGAAAGUUCGUCAAGAUGUGGUUAUUCUAUACCGUCGCGCUGGCGAUUACUCUGAGCAUGGUUGGAGCUGUGCUCAGAUACUUUGCUGCCCCUAAUGUGCCUUGGCACGUCCUCAUCACCGUUGGCUAUGCCUGGUUUUGUACCGUUGUCAUCAUUGUCCUCGUCCCUGCUGAUAUUUGGGCGACUCUUCAGUCGCCAGGGAGGAUAAAUGAAUUGCUUGGAAUGAUGUGGAGCGGGUCGUACUGGAGUACGUUCUGCCUCACUUGGGUUCUGGUUCCUUUACUUCAAGGUUACGAGGAUGCGGGAGAUUUUACAAUAUCAAAAAGGCUGAAAACAUCCGUUCGAAGCAACCUUAUCUUAUAUUCUGCGGUGGGGGUGGUCGGGUUUUUUGGCGUGUGUAUCAUGAUAUACCUGAACAAGCUGCAAUGGUCUGGUGUUAUGGCAUUGGGCAUGGCAUGCUCAAACACCUUCGGAUUAGUGACUGGAGCUUUUCUUCUUGGUUUUGGUCUCGUCGAAAUACCACGUAGUCAGUGGAGGAAUGCGGAUUUGAUGUUUCGGCAGAAGCUUCUCACUCAUCGUAUUGCCAGAGUAGCCGUCAAGCUAGAUGAUGCCCAUCAAGAGCUGUCGACUGCUAUUGUGAUUGCGCAAGCCACAUCAAAUCAAAUGGCCAGACAAGAUCCAUUGAGGCCUUGCAUGGAUAUCAUAGAGCAAAUGUUGGAGCAAUUGGCGAGGGAAGAUCCACUCUUUAAACCUUCAGGCGGAAGGAUGGGGGAAAGUGACAUGGACUACGAUACUGAUGAGAAGACUAUGGCUGAUCUUAGACGGCGACUGAGGAAAGCAAAGGAGUCCUACUAUCGCUACAAGAGUGAUUAUGCAGGUUAUGUCUGGGAAGCUCUGGAACUGGAAGAGACUGCAAAGAAUAUUGAAAGAGGGAAAACCACAUCAGAAUGGCACUUUGUAACUACUGUUCGUCCAGCACGAACAGGAUCACUAGCUCAUCAUUUAGAUUCUUUAGAGUAUAUUUGGCGAUGUGUCUUGAGAGAACGCGUUAUGAGGACCUUCGCCGUUACACUAGGAAUCAUGUCAUUUGCUUUAAUAUUUGCUGAGGCCACGUUGCCUUACGGAUCCGAUCUGUCGCUUUUUUCUCACUUAAUCAAGUUCGCGGGCGAUCAAGAGAUUCUUGUACAGAUUCUUGCAUUCAUCCCUUUGAUGUACAUGUGCAUUUGCACGUACUUUUCACUCAUUAGACUCGGGAUGAUGACGAUAUACUAUCUGGCACCCAAACAUACGAGUUCGGUGAGCUUGCUUAUGAUCUGCUCCAUGGUUGCCCGUUACGCUGCACCUAUGUGCUACAAUUUCAUCAACCUUAUUCGACUGGAUGUUGGCAAUAAUCUCACUACUUUUGAGAGUAAAAUGGGAAGAAUGGCUGAUGUACCACUUAUUGGAGGAACGCAAUUUCAGAACUACUAUCCAAUCUUUAUGGUGAUCUACACUGCACUGUUGGCCAUCAAUGUCGUGGACCGUGGAAUUCGUGCUGUUGGAAGUUGGCGCAGAUUCCGCAGUGAUUAUGAGGAUGCAGAAGGAUUUGAUCCUUCAGGUCUCGUCAUUCUUCGGAAAGAGCGAACAUGGCUGGAACAAGGUGGAACAGUUGGAGAGAACGUUGUUCCACUUGCUAGAAACUUCGGUGGUGGAAUGGAAAUGGAUGUGGAGGCUGACGAACAUUUCAUCAAGAAAACGUUGGCCGAAACACCAGCACCUCACACCAGUGGAAGACUAAAGGAUGGUGGAUCAGGUGGAGUGGAUAAGCAUGUUGCUAAGGGAAGUUCCCCUCCAUUGAUCGAUUUGGGCGGGAAAGGCUCGAAUUUUAGGGACUCUGGAGGAAGAGCUGCCAAAGAACCCACUGCGUAUCACGCAAGUCGGGAUGCUAUUCUAGCUAAGUAUUCGAAUGUGAAGGAUUCAAAAAGUCGAACUCAAAGCCCAGGCCCAGCAAAUGACCAUCGAUCGCCACCCAGACCCCUUGCAGAGGACCUUCCUACGAAUCCGAGCGGGAAGGAGCAGUUUCAAGGAGCUCCAUCAUCUGGUGCAAAGUGGGACUCGAUGAAGUCAACCUUCCAGAAUUUCUCAACGAAACGUCUGGCUCCAUUCCGACAGGAGAAAGAGAUGGCUUCAAAUGUCCCGCCUUCUUCUUCCACAGACCAUCUUGAUACCAUUUUUCAAGGGCUUAGAUCCAAGCGAGAAUACAACGAAGCAGAUGACGAGAGCCUAGAUCUUAGAUUACUGGGUUGAGAAUUUAAUUCACAUCUAUUCAUUUAUCCAUAGGGAAGGGACAAGUGAGCUUCUUGGGCGAUUACUUCCGAACCUUGUCCUCACCUCAUGUGCAAAGACCUGCUUCCAAACGGGAUACAUACGACAUAUGCGAAAUAAUGGAGGUGGGACUCACUUAAGCGGCUCAUUUCGGCUAUGAAUCUGCCAUGGAUGAAGGUGGGCCUGCUGGAUAGUACCUUCUUACACAGGCUGUGUUUAUGGACGGGAUAUUCUCCCCACUUCGACACCUUGGAAGAUUCUUCCAUGAACAAAUCUCCUCUGGCGAGUGUACAUUAUUCUUCGGAGAUGUGGUAGUUAUGAAGAUGUAUUUUGGCUGUCGCCGUCGAAAAUGGAUGCGAUGCAAUGAGUAAGUAUGGUUGGUGGAAUGAACACCCACUGCUCUUCAGUGGACAAGAACAGUUGGGGAGGUAUGAUCAGUGACCUUUCCAUGGACUAUAGCAACCCUGUAUCUAAAGGAGUUAACAUUAGCAUCAAUUUUUAGAUUUACUGUGCUGAAGCAGACCAGAUGCUAAGUAUUAUUAGCGACUAAAAUCAGUUGAUUCGAGACCUUCUUAGGGUUUCGAAAAUAUCAACAUUUACUUGUAGACGAAAGGGCCUGGAAUCAAAGUGGUCUAGGCGAAUUCUUUUAUAUUUUCAGAAUUUUGACCUAGAUUGUGUUGUGGACAAGUUUUUCACAUUGAAUUUCUUGCCAAGCUCAAAGCGAAGAUCAAGAUGAUCCACUUUUACAAGAUUUGUUGCCCAAUCAAGGUUACACGACAAACAGACAAUUGUGUUGUGCAAAGUGAAUUUACGUGUUUGUCAUAUGGCUGGAAUCGAUCCGCCUUGGAUCAUUUCCUAUCGCUGUUUAAAAUAAAGGCGGGCAAAGCCCAGUACGGGCUUUUUCCAAGUUUUUCAAG